UCGCGUACUAAGCGAUCGGUUCGUUCGGCGAUCGCCGCCGAAUUUAAUAUUAAAUUGAACUUGGCCACGGCAUUUGUCAGCAUUUCUAGUUACCUAUCCGAUUGGGUAACACGUUCGCGAUCGCGUUCAAGUUUCCAUCGAUCAAAAGAACAACCCAAAGCGAGGUUCUACUUCUCUAUUUUUUUGGAUAACAUUCAUUUUUUUUUUUUUUAACUGUGCAAUUGAUUGGUGUUAAAAAGUGCAGUCAAGAAACCUUUGAUUUAAAGCCCCAUAAUGGCAAACAAAAUGCUUCUAUUUGUUGCCCUCUGCCUGGUUUAUAUGACUCUUGGGGAUGUGCAAACCUCUGCCCAGGAUAGCAAUAAUGUCCUCUUCGAGACGAUUAACUUCUUGAGACGCGGCCAGGCGGAUGUUGAAUUGGAAAACUAUGAUAAUAAUCUAGUUCUAGAUAGCGAAUAUGAUUUCAUAGUAGUUGGAGCUGGAACGGCAGGAUGUGCCAUAGCUGCUCGUCUCUCAGAGAAUCCCAAGUGGCGUGUCUUGCUCCUGGAAGCCGGUGGUCCCGAGCGUCUCGUCAUGGAUGUACCCAUUGUGGCGCAUUUCCUGCAACUUGGCGAAAUGAACUGGAAGUACAGGACACAGCCAUCGGAUCAUGCCUGCCUGGCGAUGAACAACAAUCGUUGUAACUGGCCCAGAGGCAAGGUGAUGGGCGGCAGUUCGGUGCUCAACUACAUGAUGUACACCAGAGGCAAUCGCAGGGAUUAUGAUCGCUGGGAGGCUCUGGGUAAUCCUGGCUGGAGUUUCAAGGAUGUUCUGCCAUAUUUCAAGAAAUACGAGGGCAGCAGUGUCCCAGAUGCCGAAGAGGAUUAUGUUGGCCGCAAUGGACCAGUGAAGGUUAGCUAUGUUAACUGGCGUUCCAAGAUCUCCGAAGCCUUUGUGGAGGCAGCUCAGCAAGAUGGCCUGAAGUACAGGGACUAUAAUGGACGCAUUCAAAACGGAGUGGCUUUCUUGCAUACCACCACUAGAAACUCAACUCGCUGGAGCUCCAAUCGUGCCUAUCUUUAUCCUCUGAAGGGAAAACGCACCAAUCUGCAUGUGAAAAAGAACGCUCUGGUUACCAAGGUGCUCAUCGAUCCACAAACCAAGUCUGCUUAUGGCAUUAUGGUUCAGACUGAGGGACGCAUGCAGAAGAUCUUGGCCAGAAGAGAGGUGAUUGUCUCAGCGGGAGCUAUUAAUACACCCCAGCUACUGAUGCUUUCCGGCGUGGGUCCCGCGAAACAUCUCCGUGAAGUUGGCAUUAAGCCAUUGGCUGAUCUUGCCGUUGGCUACAAUCUUCAGGAUCAUACAGCGCCAGCGGUUACGUUCACCACCAAUGCCACAUCCCUGAAGUUCGAAGACUUUGCCGAUCCCACACUGAUCAAUCGCUUUAACAGGAUGGAGGGACCUUAUGGCUCACCCGGUGGCUGUGAGGCCAUUGCCUUCUGGGAUCUGGAUCAUGAGCGUGAUGAGGAUGGUUGGCCCGAUAUUGAGCUCUUCUUGGUUGGCGGUUCCAUGUCCUCCAAUCCGGCCAUCUCACGUGCCUUUGGCCUUAAGAAAUCCAUCUACGAUACACUCUUUGCCGAAAUAGAAGACAAAUCACUGAAUGCCUUUAUGAUCUUCCCUAUGAUUCUGCGUCCGAAGAGUCGUGGUCGCAUCAUGCUGAAGAGCAGUGAUCCCUUCAAGUAUCCCCUGAUCCAUGCCAAUUACUUUGCUCAUCCCUAUGAUGUGGACAUUUCGGUUAGGGGUCUCUUGAAGGCCAUAAGUCUGAUGAAUCAGCGUGGCAUGCAGGCGAUAAAUGCCCGUUUGUGGGAGAAGAAGAUCCCGACCUGCAAGCAGCAUCCCUACAAGAGUUGGGCCUACUGGGCCUGCUAUGUAAGGCACUUCACCUUUACAAUCUACCAUUACUCAGGCACUGCCAAAAUGGGUCCCAAAUCUGAUCGAGCUGCUGUGGUUGACCAUCGUCUGCGGGUGCAUGGCAUUAGGAAUCUGCGAGUUGCCGAUGCCAGUAUCAUGCCGGAGAUCAUGUCCGGACAUCCAAAUGGACCUGUUUUCAUGAUUGCCGAGAAGGCUGCCGAUAUGAUCAAGCAAGAUCAUGGCUUCAUCCAGUAAUCCCCAGUAAAACCCAUAAUAAUCCCAUAUAAUCCAAAGUUGAUUACCACAAUCAGGUGUAAGCUCCAUUUACACUGGCCUGCCAUCAUCAUUAUCAUCAUUAUCAUCAUCUUCUUGUUGUUAUUCCAAAACCAUCUCCUCAAAUCAAAUCUCAAACUUAUGGCUGGUGUCAAAUGGUUCUUAAGUUUAAGUUUAAGGAUUUUCCAUAAAAGAAAAUUGUUUGUUAUUAUCUGUAAUGUCUGUCUUGCCUGAACUGAUUCUAGAUUAAGUUUAGAAAUAUAAGCAAAAAUAUGCAUAAAUAAAUCAAUUUAGGUUUUGUAUGUACUUUGAAA